AUGCCUACUUCCAUCGAAACUACCGUCAGCACGCAGACUAAGAUUCGCCCUACCGUCCGGCUCGCGGCUGUUGACGGGGAUGCCGAAAAGGUUCGUUACCACCCCGCUAUCCUUGCUUAUAUCCAUGCAUUCAGCUCACCACGCUUGCUACAGCAUCCCGAUUGGCUGGUCGAGCUGCACAUAAAGGGUUGGACGGUUGUCCGCGGCGCCCUACCAAGGGACCGCGCGCUGGCGUAUGCCAAUAAGGCCUACGAAUGGCUUGAAAGCUGGGACCUGGGGUUCGACCGCAAGGACCCGUCCACCCGCAAGGCAGCAAAUCUCCCCUGGCACACUCACGGGGGGCUUUACAGCAGGUACGGCGUCGGCCACGAGCAGUUCGUGUGGGAUUUGAAGUCAGAGCCGGGGCUUGUGGAGAAAUGGGAGCAAAUCUGGGGCACCCGCGAGCUACUAGUCUCAUUUGACGGGCUAAACCUUUCCUUGCCCGAAAAGGAACGUCCCAAGACAGAUCCUAUUUUCGCGCCGUGGGCGCAUGUCGACCAGUCCCCCUUUAACAACAAGUUCGACACCGUCCAAGGAAUUGUGAAUCUGCUCCCCAAUGGGCCCGAGGAUGGCGGGCUGAUGGUGUUUGAAGGGUCAAGCGCUUGCUACACUGAGUUGUGGCAACACUUUGACCACAAGAAGGGUGAAAAAGGAUGGAGCACGUGGGCCUAUCAGAGUGUUGACGAGGAGAUAUGCCAGUGGCUUGAGGCUAGAGGAUGCAAAUGGACCAAGGUGUGCGCAGAGCCUGGCGAUCUGCUACUCUGGGACUCACGCACUAUUCAUUACGGCGCUGCUCCUUCUUCUGUCAAUGACCGCUUCGCUGCCUAUGUCUGCUACAAGCCAGCCGCCGCCAUCUCAGAGGAGGCGAAAAAGGUGCGCCUGCAGGCGUUCGAAACGAAGCAGAAUACAACACAUGAUCCGGCUGAUUUUCGGGUCAGGGAGUACCUGCCACCGGCAGAUCAUCCUACCUACGAAGCGGCCAUCAAGAGGCCGUUACAAAGCCCGGUGCUUUCGAAGCGGGCGAGGGAACUGAUUGGGCUGGAACUAUACUGA